AGAUUAGUAACAGCAAGUAGCAAAAUUGUUGCCAUAUUAAUUCUCCUCCUCUAACAAAUGGGUUCUCCAAAGGUUAUUGCAGUCACUAUUGUUCUUGCACUUUCAAUCAUGCAUGUACUGCUGGUUCAAGGUCUCGAAUGUGAGAAGGUACCAGUAGGCUACUGUGCUUAUUCAGUAUCAUCAGCAGGAAUUCGCUGUGUGCUUGAGUAUAAAUACUCGUCGGCAGCAGUUCAACAUGAAUGUCAGUCUUCUGGUAUCUUGACAGAGAAUAUCAAAGAAUGGAUUGAGAGCGAUGAGUGCCUGGAUGCUUGCGGUUUAUCAAGAAAUUCCGUGGGUAUGUCGUCUGAUGAUCUGAGCAAUCAUCAAUUCACUUCCAAGUUAUGCUCAGUUAAUUGCAUAAACAGCUGCCCCAACAUUAAGGAACUAUACUUUAAUCUGGCUGCAGGAGAAGGGAUAUCCCUGCCUAACAUUUGCGAGACAGUCAAGAAAGUGCCUGAUUUGAAUGGAGCAGAUGCACCAGCCCCCUCCAUUUCUCUUGAAUAAAGAAAUAAAAUGGGACAUCCAUGAAAAAUUGAAUGGAGUCAGCAAGGGUUCUUUUACGUGCCAUAAAAUUCUUAAUUGAAGUACUCUAGAAUAGGGAAUAAAGAACCUGUCGCCCAUAGUUUUACCAUAUUCCAAGUAGUUGUUUUCUUGGGCUUCUUGGCUUUGAACUUAAUACCUCCCUUAGCUUUUGUCAUACCAAUAAAGUGCCCAUUUCAAAAUGAUUUGAUAUAUGUAUCAAUUAUUUGAAUAACUAUUAUCUUUUGUGAUAUCAAUAAAGUGCAGAUUUUAAAACGA